AGACUCCUUACACACGCCACAUCCGACAUAUCCGAUAUUCCAUGGCUGUAAGUGCUUUCACAUCCUGAUCCGGUAGAGCUCGAGGAGGCGGUAGCAUUUAAAACCUGGAGAAUCCGAGGGGAAUUCGCAGAGCAUUUAAGCACGUGCUUCCGAGAGACCUGCGAAGAGGGGUCUGUUAAUCGGUGUGGAUUGGGGGCAAGAGACGGUUCUGACCAAUCAAAGUUCCAGUGGAACCUUAUACUGAGUUCUGUGCAGUUGGGAUAGGAAAUAUUACAGCAAGAUGGUGACAUUACGAAGAGGCCUUUCCUGUUUAAUACUGCUGGAAAUUUUACUUGUGGGAUUUACAUAUGCCUGGGAAGACUCUUCGAGGCGAGACGUGAGUGAUGACGAUAUCUUCAGAAGUUACUUAAUAAAAAGAAUAGCAGACAGACUACAAAAUCUACCAAAGGAGUUUUAUUCCGAAUCCGGAGAAAAACGCCGUUGGGUGCCUGACGUGGGCUACUCGUCGCGAGGCCAGGCUGGUGAAGACGUCAGCAGGAGGCUACUAGCAAAGGCGCUAGCAAACAACCCUUAUGGGCCCGGUCGAAGGAAAUAGAGCUGGAAGACCGGUGAAGUCCCAGUGAGGGCAGUCAUUCCAGCUGACUUGAUCAUUCCGAGUGAACAGCAGAGAUCGGAUCACUUUAUGACACCCGUACUGGACCUCUAUCUGGCUCCCCAAAGCCGGCUUUGAGAAAUCAACAGAGCCGCUCGUAUUUAAGGGAUGACCCAGAGCAAUCAUCAGGUUUUACACAGACUAUCAAUUUCAGAGUUACACCAUGUGAUUUAGCUGUCGUCUACACACGACAGACAUUCUGUACUGCUCCUUCUCGGAAACAACGCAUAUACAUUGAUUAAAGCAAAGAGCCGUUGAUUCAAAAAUGAUUAAGGCACCCUUCUACAGAUAUAGUACUCAGUAUGUUUUCCAACAAGGAAAACUGUUUAAAUGCGUUACCAAUGAUAACAGGAAAAGUUU